UCCUGACGCGCGCGGCCUCGGCAAUGGCGACUGAGGCGAAGCGCCGGCGGGUGGCGGGGCCUGUGGGCGGCAGUGCCGUGGACGCGGACCCGGACCCGGACCCGGACCCGGUGGCCGGUUUCCUGAGCUGGUGCCGGCAGGUUGGGCUGGAGUUGAGUCCCAAGGUGGCGGUGAGCCGGCAGGGAACGGUGGCCGGUUACGGCAUGGUGGCCCGGGAGAGCGUGCGGCCCGGGGAGCUGCUGUUCGCCGUGCCGCGGGCCGCCCUCCUUUCGCAGCACACCUGCUCCAUUGGCGGCCUGCUGGAGCGAGAGCGAGGCGCGCUGCAGAGCCAGUCGGGCUGGGUGCCGCUGCUGCUGGCGCUGCUGCACGAGCUGCAGGCCCCGGCCUCGCCCUGGAGCCCCUACUUUGCGCUCUGGCCGGAGCUGGGCCGAUUGGAGCACCCCAUGUUCUGGCCUGAGGAGGAGCGCAGGCGACUGCUGCAGGGCACAGGUGUACCGGAGGCCGUGGAGAAGGACUUGGCCAACAUCCGCAGCGAGUACUAUUCCAUCGUGUUGCCCUUCAUGGAAACCCACCCGGAUCUUUUCAGCCCCAGGGUUCGCUCCCUGGAACUCUACCGCCAGCUCGUGGCUCUUGUGAUGGCCUACAGCUUUCAGGAACCACUGGAGGAAGAGGAGGAUGAAAAGGAGCCAAACUCCCCUUUGAUGGUGCCUGCUGCAGACAUACUAAACCACUUAGCCAAUCAUAAUGCCAAUCUAGAAUACUCUCCAAAUUGUCUUCGGAUGGUGGCCACUCAGCCCAUUCCUGAAGGCCAUGAAAUUUUCAACACUUACGGGCAAAUGGCUAAUUGGCAGCUGAUUCAUAUGUAUGGUUUUGUUGAACCAUAUCCUGACAACACGGAUGACACAGCUGACAUUCAGAUGGUGACAGUUCGUGAAGCAGCAUUACAGGGAACAAAAACUGAAGCUGAAAGGCUCCUACUAUAUGAACGCUGGGAUUUCUUAUGUAAACUGGAGAUGGUUGGGGAAGAGGGAGCCUUUGUGAUUGGGCGUGAGGAGAUACUCACUGAAGAGGAACUGACCACUACACUCAAGGUACUGUGCAUGUCUCCUGAGGAGUUCAGAGAGUUUAAAGACCAGGAUGGAUGGGAAGAUAAUAAAAGGGAAGAGGACAGCCUGACAAUCACAAAUAUCCCGAAACUCAGAGCAUCAUGGAGACAGCUUCUUCGGGACAGUGUUUUGUUGACCCUGCAAAACUAUGCCACAGACUUAAAAUCUGAACAAGAUUUACUAGGUAACAAGGAGGUGUACACCAAACUGAGCUGGAGGGAACAGCAGGCCUUGCAGGUUCGCUAUGGUCAGAAGAUGAUCUUACACCAGUUGUUGGAACUGACAAGUUAGCAGGUUUUGUGUUGCCUGAAGAAAUAUCGACAAGAAGUUUAUUCUAAGCUAAUAUUCACUGAUGCUUGAAAAAAAAGAAAAUUUGGAUCUUCUGCUUCACUUUUCCUUUCAUUAAGUGCCAAAAGGAAAAGCAGCAAAGGUGGUAUGUUAGGGUUAACUCUGAGGUAAGGCUAACCAUUUGAAGAUUGGGCAGUCUUUAAAAUUGGAAACCGCUGAUGGUUACUAAGACCAAUAAAUCGUUUAACUGCUU